UAUUUUCUAGAAUUGAAUACUACUUUCUCUCAGACUCGUGGGAAGAAAUGGCAGCGGUUAAAGAAGAAAAUGGUGAGCUGGAUAAAACGGUGAGUAUUGGAGAACACAGUGAGGUGGAUUCUUCUUAUUCACUAACACGUCAAAAACUGGAAAACCUCCUGAACAAAAGCAUGAGGAUUCGGAUGACUGAUGGUCGCACUCUGGUGGGUCUGUUUUUGUGUACAGACAGGGACUGUAAUGUUAUCUUGGGAUCAGCACAAGAGUUUCUCAAAUCCACAGAUUCAUUUUCCCAGGGAGAGCCAAGAGUCUUGGGUCUAGCGAUGAUCCCAGGGCACCAUGUUGUGUCUAUUGAAGUUGAAUCAGAAAGUUUGGUAACAUCUCAGUAUCUAUGAUUGUAUUGGGAGAAGUUGACAAUAGCAAAUGAGACAUCAGGACUGCUACGUUGCAGAAGCAUAGCAGUUGCAAGUGAAACUGCAGACUUGUUAUAAUUUUUUUUUUUCCCCCGCGAUCUUGAGGUAAACUGUACAAAGAGGGCUAUCACCUCAGAUAACCACAGCAACAAUGAAGCUGCCAUUUUGAAGAACUUUUAUUCCUUUGUUUCCAGAUUCUCUUUACCUUUGUGAAAAAUCUUUGGAGUAGCAAAGUUGGAGACUUUGUAUUUUUUUUGCCCUUUAUUUUGUGCAGACAUUUUUAAGUUUGAUUCCCUAAGUUUUGUUUUUCCUUUUGGUCAAUUUGAAUAGCUUGACUAUCAAAUUGUAUAAAUAUUUAAUUGUAUGUGCAAUAAAUUACAUUGGUUUCUUUUUUCCCCUGCCUCAAAAGAGUAUAGCAAUGUGUCACAUGCUUCAUAAAGUGGGAUGUAUAGAAGUCAACUAUUAUUCAGAAUUUUUUUUAUUGCAAAAAUGUCCUUAAAAACAUAAUAAUGUGCAUAUUCUUCAUUUUGAUCCUCUUUUUGCAAAUCUUUGCUCAUCAGUUUUUUCUGAAUCUUUCCUUUACAGUGUGACUGACUUGUCACUUAAUAAGAACAUUAGGUUAACAAAUAGAGGACACCAUUCAGUCCAUCCAGCCAUAAUAGCUAAGCUGACCAAGUGUCCCAUGAUGUAUGACAGCAUGUCCAGUAAUCCAAAUAAGUGAGUGCAUUUAAAAGCCUUCCAGAGAUGGGGAGUGCUCAGGUUUUCCGUCUGUUUCAUGCUACAGUUGGUUGUGUUUUAAAUGGAAUACUCCUCCCAAAAAAUAUUUUUUUAUAUGUUACUUACCCCAUGUGGUUUGUAGCGAUGGCAAAAAAAAAAAAAGUUCUAAUCCCGUUUGUUAAUAGAGAACAAAGAUGGCACCAUUUUUGAUAUAAAGGGAGCCCGGGGUGACCAAUGCUGGAAAAUGGCAGUCAAUGCCAAAAAGUCCAUACAAAUCUCGCAUUACUCUUAUUUCAUAAUCCACAUGUCAAGUCUUCCAGUUGUAUGCUAAAGGUGUGUGAAAUGCAUAAUUUUUUUCCCCUAAAAUAUCAUUAAUCACUGUGACACUAGUCUAGAAACGGGAAGCCCCUUCGCAGCACUUUUGAAUUGAAGACAGUACUCCUAACCAGUGAAUGAUGGGGAGAGGUGAGUCUUCAUUUCAAAAGUGCAGGAGCUUCCUGUUUGUGGACUGCUUUCACUUUCAGGAGGGUUUUUUUUUUUUUUAUAUUUUAGCAGAAUAUUCCAGGCGUAUGCUGAAAGUGCGCAAAACGUGUGAUUACUUGGUGUAAAGUGAGUUUUUUUGGCAAACAUUUUGAUAUUUGCUA